CCGCAAUACAUCAUAGCUACCGAGUACUUCAAACUACUGUACGAUUGAAACAUCCUAUCCUAUCAUAGAAUUGGAGCUCUACUAUGCUUCUCCAUUAAAAGUACUUAUUUAUAUGUCACCCAGUCCCCUUAAAAUCGGAUUGCUUACCGGACAUACCGUCCGGCAGAAUUAUUAUCCAACGUAUUGAGAUCCGGCAUAAAUUCAAGUAUGAAGUGGUGUGUAAAUUGGCUGAGGAUUUUGUUUCCUCUCAACAUAAAACCUUCAAUUGAUUAAGACUACCUGGGUGGAAUAAUCGAAAACUCAAUUGCAUUUCGUCCAAGCAAGAAGAUACCAUAUAAAUCUCUUCAGAAUGGCAGGAACAGAAUCUCCGUUCGCGAAGGGCCACGCAGUCUUCGUCUCUCACCAGCAAGCUCUCGGCAAAAAGCACAAAAUGGCUGGCCAAGCACCCGUCAACGAUCAAUUACCAACCUCUACUGGCGGCUACCAGAUUUGCCUCGCAGCCGGCAAGCUCGAGAACAAGAAAACUAUAAUCACCCGGCGGCGACAGCGGAAUUGGUCGUGCCGUCGCCAUCUCGUAUGCAAUGGAAGGUGCAGGAUCAACAAUCGUGUACAUGGAGGAAGAAGACAAAGAUGUGCAGGAGACGAAGAGACUUGUUGAGGAGAAGGGGGGUAAAUUGGGACUGAUUUGGGCGGAUUUAAGAAGUGCUGAGAGGUGUAAGAGUGUGGUGGAGGAGGCUGCGAAGGGGAUGGGAGGUGUGGAUAUUUUGGUUCUGAAUGAUGGGUAUCAGAUGAUGAAGGAGACGAUUGGGGAGCUUAGCGAGGAGCAAUGGGUCAAAACCUUCGACACCAACAUCCACCCCUUCUUCUACCUCUCCAAAUACGCCCUUUCACAUAUGUCCCCGGGCUCCACAAUCAUCACCUGCGCCUCCGUCAACCCCUACAUCGGCCGCCCCGACCUCCUCGACGACACCUCUACUCAAAGACGCCAUCGUAGCCUUCACCCACGCUCUCUCCAACCAGCAGCUCUCCAACGGCAUCCGCGUCAACAGUGUAUGUCCCGGCCCGAUCUGGACACGCCCUUGAUCCCGGCAACCAUGAACGAGAAAGCACAGAAGGAGUUUACUAGUCCAGUGGGGAGACCUGGACAGCCUAGCGAGGUGGCGAAGUGUUUUGUGUUUCUGGCGAGUGCGGAUAGUAGGUUUUAUGAGUGGGCAGAGCUUGAAUCCUGAUAGAGGUUUGGUUGUGGGUAGCUAAAGGCCGUGAUGGGGAUGUGAAGUGGAAGACAAAGCGUCUGAGGGGUUAAGCGAGUAAACAACAAAAGACAAACGCUGUGUGCUCUACCUGUAACGCAAUGUCGAAG